AUGUUCCCAAUUUUCAUUGCUGAAUUCAUUCCAAAACAAUAUUCUCCCUGUGACAAGGAGUUCGAUAACUUUCCAACAUGUGUUGCUGCAGUUGAUAGCUCUACUAUUCCUUUUACCGUUCCUCUUGAUCUUGCUGAGCGUAAAAGUUCAUGGGAUGCUAAAAACCAUUGCAAUGGUAUGAAGGUUCAAGUUCUUGUUAAUCCUUUAGGACAGGUAAUUCACAUGAAUACAAGUUUUUUAGCUUCAGUUCACGAUAAGAAAGUAUUUGAUUUAUCAGGAGCUUCAGAUUUUUUACAUGUCCAACGUGGAGUUGAAUCUGUUGCAUUAGGACUUCUUGCAGAUAGAGGUUACAUCGGUAUUCAGAAAUACCAUCCAACAGCCGUCAUUAUGCAAAGAGGUGAUGACGAAGAAGUUACAAAACGCAAUAAUGCGAUUGCACAUGAUCGCCAAAUUGUCGAACGCCGCUUUGCACGCGAUAAAAGUAAUUGGAGUGUCUUGGCAAUAGGAUAUCGUGGUGAAAAAGGCAAUCUUCCACUUAUUGUUCAAGGAUUGUUUGCUUUAGAUAACUAUCACAUCGAUUCCACACCUCUCAGUGAGAAGGAUAACUGCGAUUUUCCUUGCACUCCAAAAGAUGAAAAAGAAGCUGCAGCAACACCAGAACCAAAUGGUUCAGGAAGCCCAAUGCCAAAGCCAAGAUGUGUUCCAAAAGAUCUUUAUCUCCAAACUCCAGAAACUCCAAUGAAGAUUCCAUCUCCACUAGCUGGAUAUGAAAAGAUUGAUAAGAUACUUAUUAAAAGAACACAAAAUGCAAUCUACAACAUCGAAACAAAAAUGUCAAUUCCAGGAUUACAUAAUGAGGGAGCUACCUGCCAUGUCAAUGCCGUUUUGCAAGUUUUGUUCUACGUAAAUACUUUCAGAAAAGAUGUAAUGGAGCAUUUGGGAGAUGUCGAAUAUACGCCAGUGAAAGCACUUGCCGAAAUUUAUGAUCAGAUGUUGCACUACCGCCACAAGGAAUACACAAUUUCAUGCUCACAAUUCAUCACAACACUCGGCAAGCAAUACUUCCAGCAGCAAGAUGCCGAUGACACAUUUCAAAAGAUUGUACAUGAUGUUACGGAAUCAGCAAACAAACCAGAUAUUGCCGUUACAUUCCAAUAUCAAACUGAGACUCCUGAUGAAAGCUUCUAUUCGGUUUCGCUUCACAUUCCUCUUGGUGCAGCAGGUAUUGAUCAAGGAAUUAAACAAAUGUGCACAGAUGAUUCUCAUAUCAAUGAAAUCUCAACAUUCCUCUGGGUCGACGUUCAGAGGAAUUGGUCUGAUCCAAAUGUCUUCUUUGACAAAUUUGAGAUCAAGAAGAACUACAAAACUCAACUCAGUGAUGGAAC